CUGCUAGUAAUACAAAAUAUUAGAUAGUUUAUUGGAAAUACAUUCAGAAUAUUUCUUGCUGUCAGCCUUUCUUAUAAUUUUAUGACAACUGACAAUUGACAUUGAAAACUGCUCAGCUGCGUGUUGGCUAACCUUUCGAAAUCAAGGUCCGCGAGUUUGAGAGAGAAUGGGGAAAAGUAAUUCAAACAUUUAUCAAACAAAAACCUGCACCCGGAGCGCGCGCACACUGAAUAAAAUACCGAACACGAUAAGCUAUCUUUGAAUUUGGCGAUACAAAUUUGACAAUACAUGACAAUGUCUUCUAUAGUAGACGAUAUUUGUGAAUUACUGGAAAGCUACAAUGGUCGAGACAAGGUGGUCCGUCUAGCGUGCUAUACUUGCAAGCUAUAUGGAUGUAUCCAAGGUAACAAGCCAUGGCAGACCGCUGGAUCCAAGCUCUCUGGAGCGAGACUUAUGUUAAGGCUCUUCGAUGACAUUCCUAUGAUCAGACACACUUAUAAUUAUGGACUCGGUAGACAUGAGUCAACGAAAAUAGCUGCCCUAUUGGGUGUUUUAGCAAAUAUAGUGGAUCAAAUAUUUCUACCGGUGGAGAAGGCAUGUUGGCUGAAUGAUUUAGGCAUCCUGCAACUGUCUGCUAAGACCGCGGACAGACUUGAAAUCGUCAGUACAGCACUAUGGGCUAUCAGUUUAUAUAUUUCAUUAAUACAGACUUUCCGCUCGAUGCGUCACAUAUGGUGGAGUCGUGAUUGUCUUAGUUCAGAGGACGCGUCCGUGGCGCGAAAGAAUCUGGACAUGAGACUGUUAUUGUCUAGUGUAACCGCGGCAAAAUUGUGUUUGGAUAUCACUCACGCGGUCAGCUGUUUGCCCUCUGGAUGUUUGUGGGGAGAGAAAAUAGGCGCGACCAAAGUCGCCGCCAUUGCUACAACGUCAUCUGUCAUCGGCAUAGCGUUGUAUUUCGCGCGUAAACGAUUAUUGAAAUGAAAAUUAAAAAAAUAAAUUAUUUGCGAUGUACAUUCUCUUAAGUCUUAAAGUGUGAUAAGAUUAAAUACGAAAUAAUUUUAAAGGAAUGGUGUGGAAAAAUAUUUAUGGGUCAGGCUGUGCGACAGUCAAAUUUAUUAUACAAAAUCGGAAGCAGGUUCUAUUUUGAAGGAUUUUUGUUUAUUCACAUUUUAACAAACAACUCCAUUUUAUGUACCAAAAAUAUGAUGCUUGGCACAUUUUGUUUAUAUAUACAGAAAUAAAAAUAUUUUUAUUUGAGUUUAUUGCUUAUUUCUGUGUGAUGAUAAUUUUAUUAUUAUGCAAACAUGAAGGCUUCCGGAAACCGGAACUUACAAUUUUUUUUUAUGGUUGAAUAAUUUGGAUUACACAAAAUAUUUGUUCAUUUUUUUUUCCAGAAAAUUAUAUGUCCGAUUCUCAAAAAUUAUCCUAUACAAUGUAAUUAAAAAUAUAUAUAUUUAGUAUAAUUUUUAGUUUAAUUAAUUGACUGUGUCCUAUUUUAAAAAUCUUGAUUAUGUAUUACUUAUAACUUGUGAGUUUAAAUUUCCGCAAAUAUAUCACUAAGUGUACAAAAUAUAAUUUACGAUUGAUUUAUAUACUACGAAUAUAAAUGAUGUUUCUAGUAAUAGAUAUACUUGGUUACAAUAUACUUUUGUUAUAUGA